UUGAAUUUGACGUAUUUCACCACGAGCUAUGAGUAAGGACGUGAUGACGUCAGCGUGCGUGCAUUCCACAGAGGGAGUGACCGCCGCCGCCAAAUUCAAACAGGAAAGUUCUGCUAGCAGCGACAACAAGCCAAUUGAACGCGUGGUUUUUAGCGCAGCAGUGAUGGAUGGUGUUGGCAGAGCUGUGGUUGGAGUCUGGCGAGCACACACAGUCCUAGAUGAAUCAGAUGAUGCAGAAAACUCUCCAGAAGCUCCUGACCGUUUCCGCAAACUUCGCUCAUCAUCUUCCCUGAACUCGCUGCGGAUGUCUUUGCGCAAGCGCCUCCCACUCCGCUCGGUCCAGACCGGCUCUCUACCGGAAAAUCCCACUUGGGAAUCCCUGAAGAAUCAGCCUAAACCCAAUCCAGUCAGCAAAUUUACUCGCAGUGCCCGAAACUCCUUUACGGGAAUGUACCAGAGGUUGCAGAAAAAAAGAGAAUUUUCCCGUGAGGAGUGUUUGGUUGCAACACCGGGUCAGGAAGGAGAUAAUGCUUGUUCCUCAAAUUAUUGCACUCCAAGCCGUACUCCUGGGCGAGCCACAACAGUCAGGCGAACGCCUAGAUCUGCAGCUACUCCCAGGCGGACCCCAACCUCUAAAGGCCAAAAGACCCCUGAGGGAUCCAUUCGUGGGGUUAAAACAGGAGGAGGCAGGAGGCAACUGGUUCGAAUGGCUGCUUUACGAAGUCCUUAUGCUUCCCCCAACACACAGAGCCAGAGACUAAAGUUUGACCAAGAUUUGGAAUCCGUUUCUAAUGGACUCAGCAGACUCCAGCGUCUGUCUAAAGCCUUUGAUGACAUUAUGGGAAAACGAGACGGGCAGUUGAAGUGUCCCCUAAUUGUGGACUAGUGUGGAAGGCCUGCUCUGAAGAAACGCUCCGGAGGAGCUGAUGAGGAAGUUGGACCCCAGCGGGAAACUCAGCCGCUCGAACGUCUCACGCCGAGCCUCAAACCUCUCGGACGCCGCGGGUAGCUGGGCUCAAACAGCCGUAAACACGAUUCGCAAAUCCAACUGAACUAUAGAAGCACAUGUAUGUUUCACCUGAGAUCUUUCUUAGCCAAGCUUUUAAAGUUUGUCUUGUUAGUGUUACAUGUUGGUUUAUCAUGUUACUGGGAGACUGUUUAGUGGCAUUUUAUAUUCUAUUUCAUCCAAACUGUUGGAUUCGUUUUUUACACUCACCAGAUAUUACCUAAAGCAGGAUAAAUAUCUUCUCUAGCUACCUAAGGGAUUGUUAUAUUUGAUAGUGUGUUUGUCUAGCUGUUACUAAAAUGGAAUAUUUUUGUAUUCUUUUGUUACUAAUAUUGUUAUCUUACUUUUUAACAUGAGCUGCUGCCCAUUAUCCAUUACCAAACCAGUAUCUGCACUUCCAACACUAGAUUUACUAACAAAAGCUGUGUCUUUUACUUUAUAUAAACAAUAAUGCUACUGACAUUUUUUCAAAUGUGCAUUCAAUAAAACCAAAUUAUUACUUUUAUAUUCUUUAAGAGUGGGAUUUUUGUUUUCCUUGUUCAACUUUUUUUUAUUGUUGCAGAUAAGGUUGAUGAUUUUUUUUCCCUUUAAACUGUGAGAAAAAUCAUGAUUUAUCAGAUUAAAAACUUUAAGUCAGUUUGAUGCCUAAUGACCCACAUUUUUUAUUCAUUUGUAAUCGCUGCAAAAAUGGAAAAACUGAUCUUCAAAUUUCUACAAAACAAAGGUUGUACACCCCUGAGAAACAUUUAUGUAUAUAUAAAUGCUUUUGUUCUUUCGUCAAACGUUCUAACAUUUGAAUUGAUUGCAGUACUAACUGAAUAAAUCACAUAGAAUUCAAUGAA